AUGGAACGGUUCAUGUCAUUGGACAAGCAUUAUAUUGCCUUGCUUGGUGCCUUCCAGGAGGAAUUCAUGUGCUCUUCGUCCAGUGCCCUCCUGGUACCGUUUCGAUUGGUCAUCGUUUGGCAAUCAGGUUGUGGUCUCCGUGCUGUCGAAGCUUUUCUCGAACUUUGCUGUCUGCGUGGUGGCCAAGCAUGUGACUAUGUUUCAUCCCGUACCAUUCAUUACAAAUCCUUCACCGUCGUGCGGGAGAAGCGCUUCUCGGACGGCACUGUGCCGGUGCAUUGCUCCCAAAAAAUGACCAUGCAAAUAGUCGGAGUGUGCUGGUUCAGAGCAAUGGGCCCUUCCGGAAAUAAUUUUUUGUGUCAGAGGCACAUUUUGUCGUCGGCACUGUACAGCGAUGACAGAGCUAGCCCUAAGUGGCCGACAGUGUCCGCGUCGGUGCGCCGGCGGUCCCCGAUUACCAUUGGUAAUACCUGUACCCUUCUCAAUGGCUAUAUUUGGGCCAUCUAA